AUGGUAAUACGAUGUGUAUUCUAUAUGACAAUAUUUCUUGAAAAUUUUGUCUCAACAAAAAUCUAUAUCAAAAGUAGUUCUUGUUGGCCAUCAUUAGGUGAUCCCUGUCAAGGACCAACUACAUGUUGUUCAUCGUAUAAAUCUCCAAACAAUGUUAUUAUUCUAUUGGACAAAGUUCUAUGUUUUUCUGGUCGUUGUUGUUUACCAUUAGAUGCCAAAGGAUGUUAUCUGGAUCAAGAUUGUUGUCCCCACAUGAAUAAACGUAUAAUCAGAUGUGCAAAAUAUGCCACAACAAAUACCCCAAUAGAAUUUGGCAUAUGUCAAGAGGAACCAUACUUUGAAACAUUCGAGUCAUACUGUACAAUUCUUGGUGAACCAUGUGCAUCAAAAAAAUGUUGUACACAAAAUCGAAAUAUAUAUGGUUUAUUAUAUCCAAUUAAAGUACAAUGUAGGAACUAUGGUGGUGCUGAUACAUGUUGUAUUAAAACAUUUACCGUUGGAUGUGUUACUGAUGCUCAAUGUUGUGGUAAAAGUACAGUUUGUAAACGAUAUGCAACAACAUAUGAUACAACUACAGAAUUUGGAAAAUGUGUUUCCACCAUAAAUUUUAUUAGAAAAAAUGAAAAAGAAACAGUAGAAAAACAUCGACAACGUGGAACUCCUUACAAUUCUGAGGAACAGCGAGAACGGGAAGAUGAAGAUCCGAAUGAUGAGAAAAAAACGCACGUUUUCAAACAAACCAAAGUUUAUUUUGUUGAUAGUAAAGAACGUGUUGUACAAGCGCAAACAAUCGAUAAUGAACUUGAGAAAACAAGAUCUCAUAUUCAGCAACGAAGUGUUCAAAAUGACCAAAGAAAAUCAAUUAAGAAUGGUAAUAAUAAUAGUAAUCAAAAUAAACAAGAUGAAACAACUAAUGAAUCUGAUAAAACCGACACAACAACUACUAUUAACGAUAAAUUGAAUAUAUCUGGUAGAAGUAACUUUACAUAUAGAAAAGUUGUUGAUUUAACCGAUUGUACUAAAUCGCUGGGAAUGAGUUGUACAAAAAAAGGAGAAUGUUGUAAAAUUCAUUUAUCAUCACCACAUAUAUUUAUGGAAAUUCCAAAAAUGGAUUGUGAUGGUCAACCACAAAUAUGUUGUAUACCACCUAAAAGUUACGGUUGUAUUCGACACAGUGAUUGUUGUCAUUCAGGCGUAGCUCCAUCGCCGAUAACUAUUGUUGAAAAAUAUUCUAAAUGUGUUAAAGCUUUAGAUCAUAAUACAGUUACUUAUUUUGGUCGAUGUGAUCUAAUCACAACUAAAAAUCCAAGAAUAGUGGGGUCAAAUACUGAAGGAUCAAGAUGUGCAAAAUUAAGCGAAAAAUGUCGUUUUAGAUCAACAAAUAAUCCAUCUCAUGAUUGCUGUCAAUAUACAGAACGUUUUGAUGGUCAAGUAAAUGAACAGAUACAACCGGAUUGUAAACCUUUAGAUUUUAGUGGUUGUAUAUCAGAUAUGGACUGCUGUCAACAUACGACAAAUGAAUUUCGUCGAUUUCAACCGAUUUGUUUAUUUAAAGCCGAUAUGAAAGGACGUAUUGGUGGCUUUGGAAAAUGUCGCGAUCCAAAUUUAAUCGGAGAAGAAAAUUAUAAAGUGAUGCAACAACGACUCUUCUAUCGUCUUGUACAUGCACGCGGUCUCACAUAUAAAGAACGACAAAAAUUACUACCAUUACAACAAGAAAAUAUUAAAAAAUUAAAAUAA